UGACGUAAUUUCCAGUCACCCUUCCACUCCCAGCAUUCCAAAGUGUGAGCGGCAGAAAGAUGGCGGACCGGGGGUACAGCUUCUCCCUCACCACGUUCAGCCCUUCAGGCAAACUCGUCCAGAUUGAAUAUGCCUUGGCAGCUGUAGCGGCAGGAGCUCCAGCAGUGGGAAUCAAAGCUUCCAAUGGUGUUGUUUUGGCAACAGAGAAGAAACAGAAAUCCAUUCUUUAUGAUGAACAGAGUGUACACAAAGUGGAACCAAUCACAAAACACAUAGGAAUGGUGUAUAGUGGAAUGGGACCUGACUAUAGGGUAUUGAUUCGCCGAGCCCGAAAGUUGGCACAGCAGUACUAUCUUGUGUAUCAAGAACCCAUCCCUACAGCCCAGCUUGUACAGAGAGUGGCCUCUGUCAUGCAGGAAUAUACACAGUCUGGUGGUGUUCGUCCGUUUGGCGUCUCACUGCUGAUUGCUGGCUGGGAUGAGGACCGACCAUAUUUGUUUCAAUCAGAUCCAUCUGGUGCUUAUUUUGCAUGGAAAGCAACAGCCAUGGGAAAGAAUUAUGUAAAUGGGAAAACCUUCCUUGAAAAGAGGUACAAUGAAGACCUAGAACUUGAAGAUGCCAUUCAUACAGCAAUCUUAACACUAAAGGAAAGCUUUGAAGGCCAGAUGACAGAAGACAAUAUAGAGGUUGGAAUUUGUGAUGAAGCAGGAUUUCGAAGACUCACUCCAGCAGAAGUCAAAGACUAUUUAGCUACCAUAGUCUAACAUUUAUUGAAACUGAUUUUUUUUAAUAUGGAAGAAAUAUUAGUCAACCUCUGAUUAUAAUUUGAAAACCUUUUUAUUCCACUCUUCAGUUUUGGCAAUGGUUAAACAGUCAAUACAAUGUAAAACUAUGUUGCACAAGUACAUCUGAUAAAUCUUGUCUUAGAAAUGAAAA